AUGCCGUUAUCAUACUACGACGAGAUUGAGCUAGAGGAUAUGGACUAUGACGAAUCUAAGCAGGUGUUUCAUUACCCGUGCCCGUGUGGCGAUCGCUUCGAGAUUUCUCUGCUGCAGCUCCGAGCAGAAGAAGAUGUCGCUCGAUGUCCGAGCUGCACGUUGAUUAUCCGGGUCAUUUACGAUCCGCUGGAUCUCGAGGAUGAUCAAGGGACUCUGCCCUGCAUGGAUACAGGUGCCGCGCAAGUGUCGGCUGCGGCAUAA